CCCACACCCGCGCCGAAUCUUUGACGUCAUACUCCUGCGACGGUGUGUCAGCUUCAAUCAUGGCUUCUAGGUUGGAAAUUAAUUUCAUCAGAUUAUUGUCUCGCUGCGAAUCUAUAGCGUCGGAGAAACGAGGAGAAACCGAAUGGAGAUUAGAAAAGUAUGUCGGUGCCCUGGAGGAGAUGUUGGUGGCUCUGCGGAAAUGCCACAGCAAACCCACACCAGAAGUACUGACCGAAUACACGAGAAAAGUAGAUUUUCUGAAGGGACUUCUAGAAGCUGAGAAACUGUCCUCACCAACAGAAAAGGCUUUAGCUAAUCAGUUCCUCGCUCCCGGGCGAACACCAACAAUAGCCAACGAGAGGAUGCCUGCCACUAAAACAGUCCACAUGCAGACGAAGGCCCGGUGUACAGGAGAGAUGAGGGACGAGCUGCUUGGGACGGGGUUAUCAGGCAAAGGCACAUCAGAAGCAGAAUUGCGCAAGAGAAGGGGUCUUCUUCUGGAUGAGCGUCAGUCUGCUGCCGAGCUGGAGGCCGUCCUGCAGCACCACCACAACCUGCAGGAGAAGCUUGCUGACGACAUGCUCAACCUGGCCAGGAAUUUGAAAAACAACACUCUGGCAGCGCAGAACAUCAUCAAACAGGACAACCAGACUCUGAGCCAGUCGAUGCGUCAGGCCGACCUCAACUUUGAGAAACUGAAGACGGAGUCAGAGCGACUGGAGCAGCACACCAAGAAGUCCGUCAACUGGCUGCUGUGGCUGAUGCUCAUCCUGGUCUCCUUCACCUUCAUCAGCAUGAUCCUCUUUAUCAGAAUCUUCCCGCGACUCCGAUGAUGAUGCGUCUGCGAUACUGAACUCUUAGUCCUGCAUCCUCCUGUGUUUACAGAGCACAAAUAAUAGGCCUCAUUAGAUCUGUGCAGCCUCUCCGUAUGUGUCAGAACCAAAAUGAACCGUGCACUUUUGAAACUGAACGUUUAAAAUGUGGUUUGAAGCAUCAUUUGAGCAUUUUUUUUAAGCAGAAGAGAGCGAGAACAGGGUUGAGGAGCUUCCUGCCGGAGCAGCAACAUAGUCUUAAUACACAGAGAGCAGAAACUGGGCCUUGAUUAUUCUUAUCCCUCAUCAGGUAGGCUACUAGCCAUUCACUACAUGUGUGUCAUUUCUUCCUGUGGGUCUCAAGUCUAAAUCAUCAUCUUUGGAACUUUUUCUUUUCCACCAUGCGCACACCUGAAAGAGUUCACGAACCGUCCGCUGUCUGCCAAUACUGCAUCGAGCCUGGUUUCAACAUUAUGUUGAAUUGAUUGAAUGGUGAAUCUAAAAGUUUGCGUUCAUAAAUAACUGUGGAUAUGCUAAAACUUUUAAUUGAACUGCCAGUAUUUAGCAUUUCUCAGCACUACUUGCAUUUAAAAAAAAGCUUUAUAAUGCACUAUGAUGACAUAAGAGAUGACUUAAGUGUGUUAAUGUGCAGGAUACAUCAAUAAUUUCUCCUGUAAAGACAUAUUUUAUAGGAGUACAAUUAUAUUAUCAUACAUUAUCAGUUUUUAUCCCCUAAACAUGAGAGGAUAUGUUCUAAACACGCUUGUUUAUGUUAUGUUGUUGUGUCUCGUUCUUAUUUAUCAAUUGCCGGUAUGGUCCUUAUAAAUGAUAAAUAAGGGGAUCAAAGUAGAUUUACCAGUUGUUUUGCUAAAAAUGAUUCAACAUUACAAAUUGCAAACCAGAUUUCAAGCAUCAGUUAAAUUUUUCUUCUCCCGGUUUAUGUUUUUUGGAAACAAUUGGAUUUUGUGCUGUUAAGUUCUGUGCUCCUCACAUGUCUGUCGGUCCUGUUUGUUGCUUCUGAGUGUAUGUUUUGGUGGUGAUGAUAUCUUCAUGUUGGUGAUGAGGUUGCCGAUGAAGUUGAUUUGAUUUUGAUUUCAUUAAAUGACUAUAACUCCACAGAAACAUUCAUAUGAUUCAGAGCGGCAGCUGUUUGUGUUUAGGAGAAAUCACUUCCAGAAAUGUGUGUCGAUGCCAAAUUACAACCAUCUCCUUUAAUUGUUUUUGGCAUAAUAACUGUGAGAAUGGAAUGUCUGCUUUCCCCUCAUAACCUAAACACCGAAUUAUACCCUCUGUCGUUUUUGAAAAUGAAGGAUGCAGUGGCGUCAUGUGGCCAGUGAGUGUCAGUCACAUCCUUUGAAAGCAGACAGAAAAUGACCUCAGUGGCCCCAAUGGCCUGAUCAAGCCAUGAAUCCCAAAUUAACCCCACUACUCAUUUAGCAGUGAUCUGAGGGUUUAAGUAUGGCUAAAUAAAGGCAGUAGACCACAGAAAAAGCACAA